GGGCUGUGGCAGGCAAGUCUCCCAGCAGCUGAUACCAACCCUUCUAUAUAUAGCUUCCAGGGCCUGAACAUUGCAUUAGAGCACACAGCUAAGCCAAAGGGACACGUGGAAUAAUAAAGCAACUUCUCAUUUAGUUUUUUUUUUUUUUAAAGAACAACAAUGAACAAACCCAAAAUUGUCAGACCAGAGGAGAGCAAGCCAGCACAUGCACUGUGGUUUGACAGAAAGAAAUAUGUCACCGUCAACUUCAUGGUUCAGAGACCUAAAGAUGUCCAAGUUGAUAUUCAGCCAGACAAAAUGAUUUUGUGCUGCAAAAAUGAAACAGAUGACGUGUACUACAAUGAGCUGCACUUCUACGACAAAGUCCAGAUCUAUGACUCCAGAGAAAGAGUCUAUGACCGCACCAUCAAUGUCUUGCUAAGGAAGCUGAAACCUGAUUGCGCCUGGCCCCGUCUUCAGAAAGAUCCAGCUAAACCUAGUUGGAUUUCUGUGGACUUUGAUAACUGGAGGGACUGGGAGCAUGAAGAAGAUGACGGAAAGGAGGAAUAUGACCAAUACGUGGAUAUGAUCCGAGAGAUGGCUACCAGUAACAAAGGAGAAGCUCCAGAUAUGGGGGAUCUUAGUGAUUCUGACUGAUACGUUAUCAUCUGUGGUGGAGGCUGCUAUAAAUGUACAGCUCAGGAUCUCGAGGACAACACUUUGUUUGCUGCAGCUUGUAAUAUAUGCUAAAAAUGAAUGUGCUACUGUACAAAAUGCUGUUUUUACAUUUAAGAUAUUUUGUAUGAGAUUAUUUACCGCUGUCACUGUACACUGGUGUGUUGGUGUUAAUAAAAGUAAGUUUUAGCAGGCAAAAACUGGUGUUAUGUCGCUUGUAAUAACGCUGGAUAAAUGAACUGGGGUUA